AUGGGGGACUGGAACCUGUUGGGCAGCAUCCUUGAAGAAGUGCACAUCCACUCCACCAUCGUUGGCAAGAUCUGGCUCACGAUCCUGUUCAUAUUCCGGAUGCUGGUGCUGGGAGUGGCUGCUGAAGAUGUCUGGGAUGAUGAGCAGUCCGAGUUCAUCUGCAACACCGAGCAACCCGGCUGCAGCAACAUCUGUUAUGACAAAGCCUUCCCCAUCUCUUUGAUCAGAUACUGGGUGCUGCAGAUCAUCUUUGUCUCUUCUCCAUCGCUGGUUUACAUGGGCCACGCGCUCUACAGGUUAAGGGCUCUGGAGAAAGAGCGACAGAAGAGGAAAGCCCACCUGAGGGCUCAGCUAGAAGACCUGGAGCCCAUGCCUGAGGAACACAGGAGGGUGGAGAGGGAACUGCGGAAGCUGGAGGAACAGAAGAAAGUGAAUAAGGCACCCCUGAGAGGGUCCCUGCUGCGCACUUACGUCCUACAUAUCCUGACCCGGUCGGUGGUCGAAGUGGGCUUUAUGAUAGAGAAGACCAUCUUUAUGGUUUUCAUGAACAGCAUCGCCGCCGUCUCCCUCUUCCUCAACAUCCUAGAAAUUGCCCACCUGGGCCUCAAGAAGAUCCAGAAGAGCCUCUACGGCCGACCCAGGCAUCCGGUGGCCCCCGCCGAGGAGGAGGCCAGCCUCUACAACUCCAAGAAGAGCUCCGUGGUGCCGCCACCCUGCCUGCCCAGCGACGUUUCUCCUCCGCGCCCCGCCACGGCCCCGCCGCCGCCUCCGCUUCCCCACGCUCCCGCCCCCUCGGGGCCGCCGCUCCAAACCUCUUUCGAUUUCUCUCAGGUUUUCUGUAAAGGGGAAACAACCCCCCAACCUCUCCCCUUGCCUCCCAACACGUACACUCACACUUUAGAAGACCAAAACAAAGGCUUAGCAGAAUCGCCUGAAGUCAAGCACUAG